GUUGAGUAAGGCUUUUAAAAGCGCAUGUUACUUUAUGUUUUCCUGAAUAUUGGCGUAAAUUCAUUACUACGUCGCUUUCUGUGAAGAAAUGGUGUUCAAAAUCGUUGAGGCAGGCGUGAUCAUUGGGUUUUACAGUUACAUAUGCUUUUUCUGGAACCAACAGUCGACAAAUGAUGCACAUCACUUAAAAACUCUGGGCUGUUCAGUUUGUUUAAUGCUUCUUAUGUCCCUUCAUCAAAUUGUCCCAGUCAUUCAUAGAAAGGCCGCAGAGACUACAGACACCACCGAACAAUCUCAGGUUUACAGAAGCAAGAGUGAUCCUGGACUAUGGUGUAGUUUACUGAUACCAUUGGCUUUCACAACAAACUUGUUUUUACAGAAGGAAGUUGAUAAUAUGCCAGUGAUGUUGGCCAUGGUUUCUGUGGUGUUGGUUUUAGUACAUUUUAAUCCGUCUUCUAUCACUCAGUUAACAUGUGCUGGACUGCUCUACUGGUUCAGGGAAGACUUUCUCUCUAAAGGAAGACCAGAACAGAUUGUUUUUGUUUUGUUAUGUGUUGUUGUCUACAUUCUGCUUGGUAAAAUACCAGCUGUGUUUCCUAAGUCCUUCACUGAGGGAGAGCUUGCUGUUUGUUUACAAACACUGAUCAUUCCUCUUUAUCCUGUUCUGGUUAUCUCAUACAAGGCAUUGAAGAAAGGUGUCCAAAGCAUAAGUUUACCAUUAAGUCUUUCUAUACCACUUUUAGCUUAUGUAGGAGUUUUGUCAGGGACUGUUUUUAUUUGUGUGAUCCGCAUAAAUAACAGUGGUCUGCGUUUUGUGUUGUCCUAUGGUCUGGCAGCUGUAGCCGUUCUUUUGCCAAUUUUAAUCAAGUUGUUUGGUACACCACUGCCCUACAGAGCAAUUUUUCUGUUUCUGACUCAAUCUCAGGCCAGGGUUUAUCUACUUGGUUGGUGGAGCUUUCUUGUGCUCGUCAGUCUUUGCAUUACUGUGAUAAACCAGAACAAUAAAACGUCCAAAAGUAGGUCAACGAGUGUACGGAAAGUGUUCCAUUUCCUAGUACUUGGUGUAUAUGUACCAGGAUUGAUAUAUGAUGCCACACUGUUGUUUGCAGCUUCCUGGGUGGCUCUAGGAUGCAUGAUCAUAGCAGAGACCUUGAGACUCCUGGAGGUCCCUGUUUUUGGUCCAUUCUUCCAUAAGUGUUACUCUGUGUUUCUGGAUUCCCAGGAUGAAGGAAGACUGGUCCUGACCCCUAUAUACCUUCUGUGUGGCCUCUCAUUCCCUCUCUGGAUCCACACCUACCAAUGGUGUGACUUCAGUGAUGUCCUCCCACUGUUUGCUGGAGUUCUGUCCAUUGGGGUUGGAGACACUAUGGCUUCUAUUGUUGGCAGUGCAUUUGGAAAGCAUAAGAUAUUUGGAAGUCAGAAGUCAAUUGAAGGAACUGUAGCUUCCAUAAUAUUCCAGCUCAUUUUUAUCUUCAUGUUAGGUCAUUUCAUUCCAGGUGGAGUAUUACACAAUCACUUUUUGUCUGUGGCAGGAAUCAUCGCAGUAACUUCCCUUCUUGAGGCCACCACAUCACAAAUAGACAAUCAUGUGCUUCCAUUGUUUAUGUAUAAUCUGUUGAUCACUCUGAAGUCAUGACAGAUACUAUAUGACACUGACAGACUGAGAGUAUUGCUGACAUUCUAAGUCAUAUUGCAGGCAAUCAUAAUAAUGUAAAUGAUAGUGUGAUGUCUCAUGUCAGUUGAUGUUUUAAGGGAUAUCAACAGAAAAUGCAUAUCGUGUUUAAUGUGCAAAUACUAAAAAUAAAGUCUUACAUUGAUAAUUAAACAGUC